AUGUUUCAAAAAUUUCUAAAACAUAAAAGCAACUCGCCAAGCUUAAUAGACUGGGAUUCUUACAGUGGGGGAUUGGCAAAAGAAGAAAAAUCACCUAAAGAAUACUCAGAAGGCAUAAAGCUUGAUAAAGUAUAUUCUACAUAGAGCAUUUUGAAGAGCCUAAAGCGUGAUCUUAAGCAAGCCAAAUCCGUAAUUGAUAAGAUGAAAUUAGAAAAGAAAGCUUUGCAGGAUGCUCUUAAAGACACCCUUGAUAAAAAGCAGGAGCUGUUUGCGAAAGCAAAGGAAUACUACAAUUUGUUGAUGAGCGAAAUCGAAAAAAAUAAAGAGCUAGAAAAGAGAAUUGCAGAAACAGAAAAAAUAAAUUUAGCACUUGAAGAAACUCAAAAAGAACUGAUAUCAAAAGAUGAGAUGAUUUUAGAUCUUAUGAAAGAAAAUAAGUAUAUCGAAAAGCCUCGAAAGAAAUCGUCUUACAUUUUUGAUGAAAAUCUAUUAAGUCCUCACAACUAUAUUGACAAUGAGUACUAUAAAAGUCAAAUAUCAUCAGAUUUGCUAUAUGCUGGCGAAAAAAUGAUGGGAAAAUUGUAUAGCAGCAGAGAAAUCUACAGAAUUUUCAAAAAAAGCGUGACCUGCUCUCACUAUUUUAACGAAUUACUGAAUAGACAAGAAUGGGACGACGCUUUACUAAAACUUCUUAAUUUUAUCAAUGAGCUGCUUGACCACAUUGACGAAGUGCCAAAUGAUAAAUCAAUACAAACGUUCCACUAUGAUUCAGUCCAUGAAAAAAUUUUAAAAAAUAAAGAAGAGCAAUUCAGUGAAAUAAAUGAGUCAGUUGAAGAAGGGUCCCUAAUGGAAGAUCUUAAUAUUCAGAAAAACAAGCUAAAACAGCUAAAUAAUCAGAUAAGUGAUAACCUGGCGAAGACUAUGGAGAAAUAUAAGAAUUUGGACAAUAAGUCCAGUGAAAGCUCGUUAAUAGCUCCUAGAGUCAAGCACUCAAAAACGAACUCAGAGCAAAUAAGCUAUGUGAAUGCUGAAGAAAAAUCAUAUUGUGACACGAGAAAUCAAGCAGAUAAAACUUCAUUUGAAAUUUCUCCGAAAAGAGUGACGAUAAAUUACCCGAAACUUAAGCUCAGGCAAAAGUCUGAAGAUGCAUUGAAAAAGCAAAGAUAUAUGGGCUUGUCACCGACAAAUAAAGUCAUGCCAAUUUUACGUAAAAGUGAUUGUUGGGACAGUGCGGGUGACUUCUUUGGAAGCAGGCUCAAUAAAUAG